CCAACAAGGCCAUAGCUGUGACGGACGUGUCCGAGGUCGACAUGCAGACAGCCACUGGGGACAUGGUGAAGAUCGGUGGCUCGGUACACGCAAUGGAGUGGGAUUCAACUGGUGAACGUCUCGCCAUAUUGUUUAGAGGGCAUGACAACAAGGCUGGUUCCUAUGUUGCAGUAUUUAAAACAGUUACACAUCCUGUCAUUGAGAUCCUGCCAUGGUAAGUACACAUUCUUUCAGGGCAGGUCACACAACCCAAACAUUCUGUCAGGUCACACACUACUCACACAUUCUAUCAGGGCAGGUCACACAUUCUGUCAGGGCAGGUCACACAUUCUGUCAGGGCAGGUCACAUAUCCUGUCAGGGCAGGUCACACAACCCAAACAUUCUGUCAGGUCACACACUACUCACAUUCUGUCAGGGCCGGUCACACAUUCUGUCAGGGCAGGUCACACACUACUCACACAUUCUGUCAGGGACGGUCACAUAUUCUGUCAGGGACGGUCACACAUUCUGUCAGGGCAGGUCACACACUUCUCACACAUUCUGUCAGGGCAGGUCACACACUUCUCACACAUUCUGUCAGGGCAGGUCACACAUCACUCACACAUCCUGUCAGGGCAGGUCACACACUACUCACACAUUCUGUCAGGGACGGUCACACAUUCUGUCAGGGAAGGUCACACAUCCUGUCAGGGCAGGUCACACACUACCCACACAUUCAGUCAGGGCAGGUCACACACUUCUCACACAUCCUGUCAGGGCAGGUCACACACUACUCACACAUCCUGUCAGGGCAGGUCACACACUUCUCACACAUCCUGUCAGGGCAGGUCACACACUACUCACACAUUCUGUCAGGGCAGGUCACACACUUCUCACACAUUCUGUCAGGGCAGGUCACACACUACCCACACAUCCUGUCAGGGCAGGUCACACACUUCUCACACAUUCUGUCAGGGCAGGUCACACACUUCUCACACAUUCUGUCAGGGCAGGUCACACACUUCUCACACAUUCUGUCAGGGCAGGUCACACAUCACUCACAGAUCCUGUCAGGGCAGGUCACACACUUCUCAGACAUCCUGUCAGGGCAGGUCACACACUUCUCACACAUUCUGUCAGGGCAGGUCACACAUCACUCACACAUCCUGUCAGGGCAGGUCACACACUACCCACACAUCCUGUCAGGGCAGGUCACACACUUCUCACACAUCCUGUCAGGGCAGGUCACACAUCCUGUCAGGGCCGGUCACACACUUCUCACACAUUCUGUCAGGGCAGGUCACACAUUCUGUCAGGGCAGGUCACACACUUCUCACACAUUCUGUCAGGGCAGGUCACACAUCACUCACACAUCCUGUCAGGGCAGGUCACACAUCCUGUCAGGGCCGGUCACACAUUCUGUCAGGGCAGGUCACACACUACCCACACAUCCUGUCAGGGCAGGUCACACACUUCUCACACAUUCUGUCAGGGCAGGUCACACACUUCUCACACAUUCUGUCAGGGCAGGUCACACACUACCCACACAUCCUGUCAGGGCAGGUCACACACUUCUCACACAUUCAGUCAGGGCAGGUCACACACUUCUCACACAUCCUGUCAGGGCAGGUCACACAUCCUGUCGGGGGAGGUCACAUUUUCUGUCAGGGCAGGUCAGACACUACUCACACAUUCUGUCAGGGCAGGUCACACAUCCUGUCAGGGCAGGUCACACACUUCUCACACAUUCAGUCAGGGCAGGUCACACACUACUCACACAUCCUGUCAGGGCAGGUCACACACUUCUCACACAUUCAGUCAGGGCAGGUCACACACUUCUCACACAUUCAGUCAGGGCAGGUCACACACAACUCACACAUCCUGUCAGGGCAGGUCACACAUCCUGUCGGGGGAGGUCACAUUUUCUGUCAGGGCAGGUCACACACUACUCACACAUUCUGUCAGGGCAGGUCACACAUCCUGUCAGGGCAGGUCACACACUACUCACACAUCCUGUCAGGGCAGGUCACACACUUCUCACACAUUCAGUCAGGGCAGGUCACACACUUCUCACACAUCCUGUCAGGGCAGGUCACACACUACUCACACAUCCUGUCAGGGCAGGUCACACACUUCUCACACAUUCAGUCAGGGCAGGUCACACACUUCUCACACAUUCAGUCAGGGCAGGUCACACACUUCUCACACAUCCUGUCAGGGCAGGUCACACACUACUCACACAUCCUGUCAGGGCAGGUCACACACUUCUCACACAUUCAGUCAGGGCAGGUCACACACUUCUCACACAUCCUGUCAGGGCAGGUCACACACUACUCACACAUCCUGUCAGGGCAGGUCACACACUUCUCACACAUCCUGUCAGGGCAGGUCACACACUACUCACACAUCCUGUCAGGGCAGGUCACACACUUCUCACACAUCCUGUCAGGGCAGGUCACACACUACCCACACAUCCUGUCAGGGCAGGUCACACAUCCUGUCAGGGCAGGUCACACAUCCUGUCAGGGCAGGUCACACAUUCUGUCAGGGCAGGUCACACUCUACCCACACAUCCUGUCAGGGCAGGUCACACACUACUCACACAUCCUGUCAGGGCAGGUCACACACUUCUCACACAUCCUGUCAGGGCAGGUCACACACUACUCACACAUCCUGUCAGGGCAGGUCACACAUCCUGUCAGGGCAGGUCACACAUUCUGUCAGGGCAGGUCACACACUUCCCACACAUUCUGUCAGGGCAGGUCACACACUUCCCACACAUUCUGUCAGGGCAGGUCACACAUUCUGUCAGGGCAGGUCACACUCUACGCACACAUCCUGUCGGGGCACACACACCUCACACACUAUGGUAUGUCACACACAACUGGAUGUUUUAAUUCUCCUUUGUGU